GAGGUUCUAAAGGAGGCCCGAUGUUCUGGCGAAUGGGCCACUUCAGCAAGUUCAUCAGCCCGGGGUCGCGACGAACCUACACCAACAUCUUCGGGUCGGAACAGGUCAAGGCCACAGCUGUCCACAAUGAUCAGGGCGAAACCACCGUCGUCAUUAUUAACCUGGGCGAGACGGCAGAGACAACGAGCGUGGACAUCGGCGACGGCACCAACUACAUCAACUUCGACCUGCCAGCCAAGGCCAUCGUCAGCCUCCUCUUCCAGACCCCGAACGCCGUCGCCGAGUGAAGGGAGGGAACCCGAGGACUCGCCGGAGGAACUGGACGGAGUUGGAUGGGAGGGGGAGGGGGGAGUAAAUUUUUUUUUCUUUUUUCUUCGCCUAAAUUGACAGGUAAUUGACUUUCGCGUGCGGAUUUUAUUGUAUUUUUUCUGUAUUUCGUUGUUUAUUGAUGAUUAAAUUUGAAAUGAACACCGCAGCA